AUGGCGAAUCGUGAAGGGAUCAAUCCCUUGCGGCCUUACUAUAUCCCCCCAUCUGGCUUAUCGCCUGCUUCAAAUGCGCCUCCCGAAGUGGCGUCGCCAUCAUCGGCUCAGGUGUUUGGCAGCACGGCGCGCGACCUCAUCCCGGACUUAGGCUAUGCCGACUAUUUGGAUGCCUCUCCCUCUGUGUCCGACUGGGUUCGCGAUGCUUUGAACGGGGCACUAGUGCGCUACACUAAAGUCCUCACUGCCCAGCCAUUUGAUGUUGCCAAAACCAUCUUGCAGGUGUAUGUCGUGCCUGACACCGCAGAUGAAGAGUGGGAUCAGAAACCGCCACCGGGUACCGAAGGAAGCUCUUACAACUCAGAGUCAGAAUCAUCUGAUGAUGAAAGUAGCUACUUCACCUCAGCGGCCCCUCACACCCCGACGCCGAGUACACCUCGAUCUCGCAGAUCACGACACCACAUCACCGACCGAAGUGGUUAUAUUCGGCCAGAGUCUACGGCAAAGCCUCAACAUGCCUUGACUGUGAAAAACCCGAACAGCCUUACAGAAGUUCUUUCUCAACUUUGGACUUCCAGUGGCCCAACCUCCCUUUGGAAAUCCUCCAACGCUACAUUCAUUUACUCCCUGCUCCUCCCGACUUUAAAUACAUUCAUCCGCAGUCUUUUAUCAGCAAUUGUCGGUCUACCAGAAGAGGACUUUUCCUCGUCUAUGACGGCCGACAUUCUGACCGUAUCUUCGCCCUUGGCGACGCUGGUUCUCUCAUUCAUUUCAUCCUCACUAUCCGCCCUGAUCCUGGCACCUAUCGACACAGCUCGCACAUUCCUGAUGCUCACACCCGCCACACAUGGCCCGCGGUCCCUAAUCCGAGCUAUCCGUCAGCUCCCAACCCCAAACUCCACGAUCCCCUCGCACCUCGUCCCAAUCACCGUGCUGCACUCGAGUCUCCCCAACUUUAUAAUGACCUCGACCCCACUCUUCCUGAAAUCAUACCUGUCCAUCGAUCCCCUCCUCAAUCCAAACACUUGGAACCUUUGCGCAUUCCUCAGCUCAGGCCUCGAACUCGCCGUGCGAUUCCCACUAGAGACCGUGCUUCGUCGUGCCCAGAUUGCUACCUACACAUCCCUGAGCCUACGCCAGAAGUCUUCCGCCGGCAGCAUCCGCGCAGCAUCUAUUGAUGCCUCCGAUGUAGAGACUAUCGUCCCUACACCCCGCACCUACCGUGGUAUCAUCGGUACCAUGUGGCACGUCGUGUACGAAGAGGGUGUUAGCUCCACACCUUCCGACACAGAGCGUGCCAACCAGCUCCUCGGCAACCCCUCUUCCAAGCAAAAUCGCCAGAAGCGGCAGCAGGGCCAGGGCAUCCAGGGCUUGUACCGCGGCUGGCGGAUUGGUAUGUGGGGUAUUGCCGGUAUCUGGGGAGCCAGUUUGCUCGGCGGAGUUGCCGGUGGCAGCGAAGACGAAGUGACGACCAAGGGCGGCCACGGCCGCUCCAGCGGUGGACGAUUCUAA